AGCAUGACCGUCAUCUGGAAAGAUGAGGUAAAGUACAUAGGAGUAUAUUUUAACAAAAAGAAUAACUUCAAAACGCACAUCAUGAAACAAAUGCGCUCUACUCCUUUCUCUGCAGGAGCAGUAACCUCUCUUUGAGUAAUAAAUUAAUGGUCUACAAACAGGUUUUACUUCCUAAGCUGCUUUACGCCUCAAACAUUUUCUGGAAUACCACGAAGACAAACAUCAGAAAGCAUCAGAAUUUUGUGUUUCAGAAUAAGUUGAUCUGCACUCUGACUGCAAACUUGAUACUAUUCAAGAAUACAUAGUUAAAAAACAUUCGAAGUUCAAGGAAAAAAGUAAGAAGUGUGGACAACGCCCUAAUAGGAGGAUUUCUCCUUAGAUCAAGGGAAAACCGGCCAUGGAAAGGGUUAAUAUGAUAGUAGCAGCCGAAUUCAAAUAUACUCACUAAAAUAGUUCUUUUAGUAUCUAAGUUGAAACCAAAGGACUGAGAUCGCUCAGACCGGUAAGAGCAAUAACAGCUAGUCCGGAAGAAACCAGUGUAACAAAGGAAGUAUGUAGAGUCCAUAAAAUGAGAGAAUAUGCCGGUGACGUAAAAUGCGCACAAACCCACUUUAAACCAAAAAAUCAAUAAAGGGGAGGCCCCAUAUUUCCCUGAUUAGGUUAAUUGACCGUGAAUACAUGCAUCUCUCUCUUUCACAAGGAAAAAGAUAAAGUCGUUAUAAUAGUUAUACCUCUCCGCUUUAUUCAUCACAGUACCCUUGGAAGUUCGAUGGUGUUUCGCAAUAAGUCAGUGUCGUCGCACUUGGGAACGCGUUGAGAGUGUAGAGUGUGCGUGUAAAUUCAGUUUAAUUUGUGUUUACCUACUUUUUUCUUCCAAUUUUGGUGUGUUUUAAUUUAAAGUCUAUUAUUUUGUGUGUGUUUGUUACUACUAACGUAUUAAAGGUAAGAAAAUGUAGUAGUUUUUUUAAAAGGUAUCUUACAGUGCAAAUUAAUAAACCAAAAGUGCAACUCCAAAGAAACAAAGAAUUUACAUUAACUUUAUUUUUGAAGUUUUUUGAUUUUAUUCAUAUUGUCUGUUUUUUUUUUUCAAAACAUGUAAAAAUAAGAACGAAUGGUUAUUCAAAUCAUUUAGUUAGUUUAUAGAUCUAUGUAAAAUAUUUAACUGUUUUGUAGAUGUCGCCAAAGAAAUUAGGUACGAAAGGGCAAAUAAUACAUAACCAGGGAAGAGAAAUUAUUGCCAAUGUAGCAGAGUUUAUGCAUAAAGAGGCAGAAGAAGGAUUAACUAUUCCUUUAAAACGCUUUAGAGAACGUACGUUGGCUGCUACAAAAAUAUCGAAAGAUACCUACCAAAAAAUAUUGAAGGAGUCGGCCAAUAUAAAAAAUAACCUCUCUUGUUCAUUCAGCAGUCCAAGAAAAAAGAGGCCCAGGAAAUCACGUAUACUUGACAUUACUUCGACGCAACUUAAAGAAAUUAGGAGCAUAGUUAAUGAUUUUUAUAUAGUGGAAAAAAAAAGGCCUACUCUCAAGUUAAUCCUACAAAAGAUCAUUGACCGAUCUGUUAUUCAUGAGCCUAUGAGUAUACCAUCCUUAGCAAAACUACUAAAGAGCAUUGGAUUUAGAUGGAAGAAGACAGAUGAUAAUAGAAAGGCCUUGAUGGAAUCAUAUGACAUACGUUUUAAGAGAAUAAAAUACUUAAAACAAAUUACCGAAUUUAAAAAUCAAGGUAGAAAUAUAGUGUAUACUGACGAAACCUAUAUACACAGUAGUCAUACUUCUGACAAAGGUUGGUUUGACGAAAGCCUAAGCGGUAUACGAAAACCCAUUUCAAAAACACAGCGAUUAAUCAUCGUUCAUGCUGGAGGAAAUAAUGGUUUUGUUAAAGACGGUCUACUUAUAUUCCGCUCAGGUUCUAAAAGUGGCGAUUACCAUGACGACAUGAAUCAUGAAAAUUUAAUGAAAUGGGUGGAAACCCAAUUACUUCCGAAUUUGCCACCAAAUUCGGUCUUAGUUUUGGACAAUGCAUCAUACCAUAAUGUACAAGUAAAAAAGAAUAUUACCUCAGGAAGUAAGAAACAACUCAUAAUUGAUUGGCUUAAGGAGCAUAAUUUAGAACAUGACGAGAAAAUGACAAAAACGGAACUUUAUGAAAUAGUUCUUCAAAAUAAAAGAUUUUAUCCGAUAAAGUGCAAACUUGACGAACUAAUGGAAAGUCACGGAAACUCAACUUUGCGAUUGCCUCCAUACCACCCAGAAUUGAACCCCAUUGAAAAAAUCUGGGCCACUGUUAAAAACUGGGUAGCAAGCAGGAACACAACUUUUAAGUUAGCAGAUGUAGAAGCUUUGACGAGGCAAAAAUUUGCAGAAGUAUCUGUCGAUGAUUGGAGAAGCAUUUGUGACCAUGUCGACAAAAUUGAAGACAAAUAUAUAAAAGAUCAUAAUCUUUUUGAUGAAACUUUAGAUUCCCUAAAAUUUACGGUAAACACUGGCUCAUCAGAUGAAGAUUUGGAAACGAGUUCCGACGAAUCAAUUAUCAGCAAUGUGGACAUUUUGUCAGAUAGUGACUUAUUUAAUAAUAUGAAUAUGUAUUAUAUACCGUAAUAAUAUUAUGUAGUGUUUUUAUGAGCAGUAAAAUUUAUAUACUCUUA